AGUCUGUACGCAGACCUUACCCCUACCUAAUGCAGGUAGAGAGACUGUUUCCAAUAGACCCUCGGCUCAGGAAAGGCAAGAAGAAAAAGUGGAAAGUAAGGAAGGAAGGGAAACCCUUGACGGUGAAUUGCUAGCUUUGAGACAGGACGUAGAAAUUGCUGAAGAUGUUAGCUUAGAGGACCUUACAGUUCAAGAUUCUGGUGAUGUUAUAGAGCUUUCUUAUCCUUGUAGAUGUGGUUACUUUAUUGAUUCUUUAGAAUUGGCUGACACGGGUUGUUCAAUAUCCAUAGAAGGGUGUACAGUCUCUUUGCUGACAUCUAAAUCUUUGCCAGCUUCUUUUGUGCUUCCUUGUGGAUCUUGCUCACUUAAAGUUCGCCUACUGAUUAAUGGCGAUACUAGGCUUCACAAAGAUGCUCACGUGUAAUUUUGACUAGUUGGAUUUCUGAUUCAGAAUCUUACUUUGUUUGCUUUUGCUAAUGAUCCAAUCAAAGGAAUAAUUGGAACAAGGGUAUCGAACUUCUUAAUUGCAUUAUUGAUUAGAAAUGAAUUUUCUAACAUUUGACUACGUACCAUUGAAGGAUUUAGUCGCACACUUGAAAGAUAGCCCAUAAAGUCACGGGAAUGAUUGGAUAAUUGGUUUAUAUGGAUCCUUCCUGUGUGAAAGCACAGA